CCGAACGCCUUCUUGCAAAUUAUAUAAGGGUCUCUAAAGUAAAUAUUAGCUACCGCCACAGGCUUAGCCACUAUCUUCAACGAGUUUAACAUCCUUUAAUUUCACCAGUACUUAACAUGAACAGAUUGGUAAAAGAGCGAAAAAUGGCCAAUCUAUGACCUGUUUUAGCGACAAUAAAUGAAGAAAACUGGACGUUUAUCAUACACAACCAAGAUAACAGGAGCCAAUAUUCACAAGGAUUUGAAGGACCGGGCCAUACUCAACAGUAUUGMAUGCUGACCCUGGACGUGGAACUUCUAGACGAGGAGAUUUAAAACUGUGAGCAAGAGCAAGCGAGUWCAAAUCGCUGGUCCUAACCAUAUCUACCGAGUUAGCAGUGGAUUGCUGAUUCCUAACAGAACGUCGUGUUAUAUCUUGGGCAAUUGGUUGUACUCAAGUACCAGCACUUGGGGGUUUUGAGAAKCACGAUGAGGAUAGAGCCAUCGAUAGUUGUUUGGUGUAUAUGGUACAUUUCGUAUGUUGACUAUUGUCAAGGAUCAGAUACCAUACUAAGGGACUCUAAGAGACUCUCCACAUUCAACAACUUUAAAGACAGUUUAACAAACACUUACGGAAGGUCAUUACUCAGUGUACAAAGACGUAAGAAAUACACGUACAAUCUACGUAAGGUUAUGCUACGUAAUGCAUUCAGAAGACGUGCUCUGUGCCUAGAUGGCUCGCCCGCUGUGUUUUAUUUAAGUCACAAUCCKUUGUCAAGUAACUGGGUGAUUCAACUCCAGGCAGGGGGAUCUUGUAGUACACAUAAAGAUUGUCACGAGAGAGCAAAAGGACCUUAUGGCUCGUCCAAAGACUAUCAACUGUACAUGACAGGGAAYUUUUUAUCUUCCGAUGACCCCAACGAAAAUCCGACAUUUGCUUCAUGGAGUAAAGUAUAUGUGCCUUAUUGCAGUGGGGACGUGUUUGUUGGUCGUAAAUCAAACGACACUCAUCCUUACGGCCUACAAAUGCUGGGACAUUACAUCAUCCAAGCAAUCGUACAGCAAUUAAUGGAAGAUUACCAAAUCAAUUCGACUGGAAAUAUUAURUUAUUYGGUGGCGCCUCUGCMGGUGGACUGGGUAUGCUAGCGAACUUAGACUAUAUCCAGAAACUAGUCUCRCCAGCAAUGGUCCGUGGUUUYAAUGACGGGGGAUGGUUCACUCUUUAUCCCAGCUUUGGUGAACAAAUCGAUCGAGGGACGCCGUAUUUCUUCUCUGCUCUUGGGGUGAUGUUCACAGAUCUUUGGGACGGGUUCGUGGAUGAAUCAUGUCGAAGUGAAAUGCCAAGAGCGGCAGCRUGUCUAUAUGGAGAAUUAGUAAUUAAAUACCUAUCAACACCUAUCUACGUCAUGGUGGCRCAGUGGGACUCAUAUCAGCUUCGUGAGCUUGUACCAUCCAAGUUUAGACCAGCUGUAAGGCUCCCCCCGGAACUUCCAAGCGAAGCGGAAUAUUUAGCUCGAUUUGGAAACAAUACUCAUCGAUCCCUAAGAAGAUUGAUUCUCAGCAAAGUGUCUGGCGUCUUCUCCCCUGCCUGUUUCAUGCACACAUUCUUCGGGGAAAGCAAAGAUUUACCAGUCACAUCGAAAUACCAAAUAAAAGGAAGAACAGCUUAYAAAGCUCUCUCGGAAUGGCAYGUUACSGAAGGWGCCGAGGGAACCUACGUCGAGCUUCCUUCAGAAACACCRCURUGCAAUCCUUCGUGCUGUUCACAACUUUGUACAAAAUGCCGCGAGCACCAAGUUAUCAAAACUAAAUCACUGAAUCGACCGCGAGAUACCAAYUCAAACAGAGGCUCUUCGGAUAUGAUAGCUUCAAUCCACAGUAUUUGGAUUAUCGUGUGGUGUUACAUACUUCACACAGUACUCUGAUAUUACCAUAUCAAGUGAGUGCUUGCCAGAGCUAUUCCAAGACCUCUCUCCCUGACCCAUUCCCGCCAAGAAAAUGUCAGAAACUGCAGUAACGACACAUACAGAAAACGUCAUAUAMCGACAUCUUCUGCUAUAACAACAACACAAGUCUGCUUUACCAACUUAUCUUUGACGACCGCCAUCUUGAAGUCCAUUUGACCACUAAUAACUGGAUAUCUUAAGAGCAUAUGAUUUAUGAAGUGUACAACAUUAAGGAAACCAUGUGAUAACAGUAUAAUAUCCGUUCAAAGUCUGCUGUAAACAACAACYCCUUUGGCAAGACACAYACGUACGACCGCCAUCUUAAAUCCAUCAUAAAGAAGGCCUCUGGGAAAUUUAUAAAGUGUACGGCUUUGUGAUUCAACUCGCUUUUACGGACGUUUUGAAGCAGUAGUAUGAAGAUUUCUAACCACAGAUAUGACAUUCUGUUACGAUUGUUCCGUGACUCGUGACCACCCCCCACAAUGUCAGUCCGAAGCAAUGGGACGAAGUUUCAAGAAGUAUUUCUAUAGUCAUCCUAACUCAACGUAAACCUGACACGACUAAUAAGGAAAAAUAACUUACGUACUAUAGAAGGAAUGAAUAUCAGGAUUCUCGCGACAUUUCUGUAAAUAUUAAAAUGAAAAUUUAUUAUGUUCGUCACUUGAGAGCAACGACGUUGGACUGAGAAGAGAAUUAUGCCUUAGCUGGAUUAUGAAAUACAAAUGGACAAUAUAAAGGCUGUUUCUUUGUGUACCUAGACCUACAUAUAUCACAUGCAACAUUUCCAGUCAAGUCGUUUGAGAAGUGGUAACGAAAAAAAAUCACAUUUGGAGCGAACGGUUACCAUGUAUAUGUUCAAGAUUUUUGACACCUCAGGGACCUAAUCAACAACAUUAUAUGCGAUACUCCAAAGCCUGAUUAAUUAAAAGAAACAAUUUAUCUUUGUAAAUAGCUGAGCGAGGGGAAAUUCAGUCCCCACCAUCGAAUAUAUUGAAAUACAUUUUUAUACAAAAUGCAUAAAAACACAAUACAUAGCAUUUAUUGCAAUGAAAUAAAUUAACGAAAGAACUCUG